AAACUUCACCUUUUUCUUGUGGAGUGCGUGAUUGGGAGGGAAAAGCGACGAAAAAGCGAAAAAAAUGGUAAACCGACUGUCAACAGCUAUGUGGCUGCCAUGGUUGACUUGUGGGGGCAACAGAAACGACUGAAUAUCAACAGCAACCCAUCUCCUCGAGAUAGCGCUGUUACAGCACUUCUCAAAAUUACGACGUCCGAGGAGGAACAGCUGCGGCGUAAG